AUGUCUGAACAGUUAAUUAGGGAUUUCUUCGAUGCUAUCAACCAACGUGACUACUCUCGCAUUAAGACGUACAUAACUGAAGACUAUAUCUAUCAUUUGGACGAGGAUCACUCUUGGACUGGGUACCAAGCCACAAUUAUGGAGCAGCUUAAACCAUUUAUUGAAAAGGAUCAGUUGUUCUUCAAAAUCAUCAGAAUCGAAGAUGAAGGGGACACAUUUCUUGUUUGGUCUACUAAGGAAUCAGCCGAAGCUGGAGAUCAAUUGGAGCAAUACGCUGAGAAAUUUCUCAUUCAGAACGGCAAAAUAGCGGAGCAGUGGAUGUUAGGACGCAAAUAA